AUGCCGCGUCCAUUGUUUCUGUUUUUACUUUUAUGUAUAUCGUGCUCAAGUGGUUUUUCUGAAACGGUGUCCCUUCCAAGAGAGUCUGAAAUUCUACUUCGGGUUAAGAACACCCAGCUUGAAGACAAAAACAAGAGUCUACAAAAUUGGGUACCAAACACAGACCACAACCCCUGCAACUGGACAGGCAUUACCUGCGACGCACGAAACCAAUCACUUGUCUCCAUUGACCUCUCCGAAAUUGGAAUCUACGGCGAGUUCCCUUUCGGUUUUUGUCGCAUUCAAACCCUCCAAAACCUUUCUCUCGCAUUCAAUUUUCUAUCCAACUCUAUCUCCCCCAGCUCUCUGCUCCUUUGUUCCCACCUCCGUCUCUUAAACCUCUCCGACAACUUCUUCGUCGGAAAACUGCCGGAAUUCCCGCCGGAGUUUAGCGAACUAAGAGUAUUAGACCUCUCGACGAACAACUUCACCGGCGACAUUCCGGCUAGUUUUGGACAGAUUCCAAGUCUGAGAGUGCUCAUUUUAUCCGGAAACCUUCUGAGCGGAACGAUCCCUCCCUCUUUAGGCAACCUCAGUGAGUUAACUCGUUUGGAACUAGCUUAUAAUCCCUUCAAACAAGGCCCAUUACCUCCACAACUAGGAAACCUCUCUAGUCUUGAAACACUAUUCCUCGCCGGUGUUAACCUCGUAGGGGAAAUUCCACCCUCCAUUGGGAGCCUCACCUCGCUCAAGAACUUGGAUUUAUCCCAAAACUCUUUGUCAGGUAACAUCCCAAACAGCAUUUCAGGUCUGAAAAACGUUGAACAAAUUGAACUAUUUGAUAACCAGCUUUCCGGUGAAUUACCCCAAGGUUUUGGAAACCUCAGUAAUUUAAUUCUCUUGGACCUCUCUCAGAACGCUCUCACGGGAAAACUAACGCACGCAAUCGCUUCUUUGCGUCUCUAUUCUCUCAACCUGAAUGACAACCUUCUCGAGGGAGAAAUUCCUGAAAGUUUAGCUUCAAACCCCAACCUGCAGCAACUGAAACUCUUCAACAACAGCUUCACCGGGAAACUCCCACAAGAUCUGGGACAAAAAUCAGAGAUACAGGAAUUCGAUGUCUCAACGAAUGACUUCGUAGGAGAGUUGCCGAAGUACCUCUGCAAGAGAAACAAGCUGGAGCGUCUCAUCACGUUCGCGAAUCGCUUCUCAGGAACGCUCCCUGAGCAAUACGGGGAAUGUGGUUCACUUCAGUAUGUCAGAAUCCAGAACAACCAGUUAUCAGGCCAGGUGCCGCCAAUGUUUUGGGCCCUACCUGGUCUUCAGUUUCUGGAAAUGUCCAACAACAGGUUCCAAGGUUCUGUAUCUGCUUCCAUCUCUACGGCACUCACCAAACUCAUUUUGUCUGCUAACGCUUUUUCUGGUAAACUCCCAACGCGAAUCUGCCAACUCCCUCACCUUCUGGAGAUUGACGUCCGCAAGAACCGCUUCACCGGUGAUGUUCCCACGUGCGUAACUGGGUUGACAAAAUUACAGAAACUUAAGAUGCAAGAGAACAUGUUCACUGGUGAGAUUCCCAAUAACGUGGCCCUCUGGACUGACAUGACAGAGUUGAACCUGUCGUUUAACCGAUUCUCUGGUUCAAUCCCGCGGGAACUUGGCGGUUUACAGGAUUUGACAUACCUUGAUCUCGCCGUUAAUUCUUUAACCGGGGAGAUUCCGGUGGAGUUGACGAACCUAAGACUCAACCAGUUCAACGUCUCUGAUAACAAUCUACACGGGGAGGUUCCUUCAGGUUUCAACCACCAAGUAUACUUGUCCGGUCUAAUGGGAAACCCGGGUCUGUGCAGCGCCGUUAUAAAAACCCUACCUUCUUGUUCGAAACGCAGGCCGUUUUCUCUGCUUGCGAUUGUUGUUUUAGUUGCCUGCGGUUCGCUUCUUGUGGGGUCCAUGUUGUGGUUCCUGAAGAGCAAAGCGCGCGGCAAAUCCAAGCGCUCGUAUUUGUCAACCGCGUUUCAGAGAGUGGGGUUCAAUGAAGAAGACAUUCUUUCGAACUUAACCCGGGAGAACGUGAUUGGGGCAGGGAGUUCGGGUCGGGUCUAUAGGGUGAGGCUGAAGACGGGACAGACGGUGGCGGUGAAGAAGCUGUUCAGCGGUGCGCAAAAGCCUGACACGGAAUUGGUGUUCAGGGCGGAGAUUGAGACGUUGGGUAGGAUUCGACAUGCGAAUAUUGUGAAACUGUUGUUUAGUUGCAGUGGUGAUGAGUUUAGGGUGUUGGUGUAUGAGUACAUGGAGAAUGGAAGCUUAGGGGAUGUGUUGCAUGGAGAAGACAGGUGUGGGGAGUUGAUGGAGUGGUCUAGAAGGUUUGCAAUUGCUGUGGGUGCGGCUCAGGGGUUGGCUUAUUUGCACCAUGAUUGUGUGCCGGCAAUUGUUCACAGGGACGUCAAGAGUAAUAACAUUUUGCUGGACCACGAGUUUUUGCCAAGAGUAGCAGACUUCGGCCUCGCUAAGACAUUGCAGCGUGAGACCACCCAGGCUGCUGCCAUGUCCAGGGUUGCUGGAUCAUAUGGCUACAUUGCUCCAGAGUAUGCUUACACAAUGAAAGUGACCGAGAAGAGUGAUGUAUAUAGUUUUGGGGUUGUGCUGAUGGAAUUGAUCACCGGGAAGAGGCCAAAUGACUCUUCAUUUGGUGAGAACAGGGAUCUAGUGAAAUGGAUCACUGAGACUGUUUUAUCACCAUCUCCUGAAAGAGGAAGUGGCAAUAUGGGAGAAGGUAAAGAUUAUAUUAUGACCAAGAUUGUGGACCCAAGGUUGAACCCAGUCACUUGUGAUUAUGAUGAGGUUGAGAAGGUUUUGAAUGUGGCCCUACUCUGCACCUCAGCAUUUCCCAUUAAUAGACCCUCGAUGAGAAGGGUUGUUGAAUUGCUCAAGGACCAUAAACUGCCAUGA